AUGUGGUGGCGGUUACCGGGCGUUAGUUCGACCGUCGCCCUUCUCAUACUCCCAGUCCUGGUUUCUGCUGCAAACCAUGACUCCGCCUCUCGAGCCUCCAAGCCCAUAGUGGCUGGUGGAGCGGCUUCAUACUCCAAACAGACAUUUUCUCCUAUCGUGAAACAUAACGUUGAUGAGAGCGCCCUUGCAACCACUCUGGCUCUAGCAGGCUCCGGCCGUGCCGUUCGAGCCCCUUCCACUCCGCAGCUUUCAGCGCGGUCCUUAGAGGGAUAUGAGGUUGAGGACUUUGUCCUGCUGGCGACCGUUGACGGAACCAUUCACGCACGAGAUCGUAAGACCGGAACUCCGAAAUGGGCUUUGGAAAUUCCCAGCAGUCCACUUGUCGAAUCUAUUUAUCACCGAUCAAACAUGACGACAAGUUUCGACGAAACACAACCAGAGGACGACUUCCUUUGGAUUGUGGAACCUAGCCAGGAUGGCAGCCUGUACAUCUACAGUCCAGGCCCGGAGGCAGGAUUACAAAAGCUUGGCCUCACUGUCAAGCAAUUGGUCGAUGAAACCCCUUAUUCAGGUCUUGAACCUGCAGUCACGUACACUGCCCGGAAAGAAACCACCUUGUAUACUAUUGAUGCCCGCACUGGCAGCAUUCUGCGGGUUUUCAGCUCUCGUGGGCCAUUCCAAACUGGUCAAGAAUGCCGCAAGGUGGACGGAGAAGACCUGGACCCCGAUGAGUGCGAAACAUCCUCCGGUACAUUGGUUCUUGGCCGUGUGGAGUACGCCGUGGCUAUCCAGAAUACGGAAACGGGUGAUCCCAUCUGUACAUUGAAAUACUCCGAAUGGGCACCCAAUAAUCGCGAUAUAGAUUUGCAGAGUCAAUACUACCGAACAAUGGACUCGAGUCACGUCUACAGCAUGCACGAUGGUGUUGUAUUGGGAUUUGAUCAUUCUCGAAUGGACCGCCCUCGGUACACACAGCGCUUCCAAUCGCCUGUGGCCCGUGUUUUCGAUGUGAUACGGCCGACUAACAAAGAUGCCCCCAACGCUUCAACUCCAUUGGUCCUUCUCUCUCAACCUCUCCAGCCGCCGGACCCUGACUAUGGUACCCUGGAUGAUGGUCGAGACAUGCGUGUAUUCAUAGAUUCGACGAGCGCGGGAGGAUGGUAUGCUCUCUCCGAGGAGACCUACCCUCUCGUCACUGGUCGUGCCCCCAUGGCUCAGUGCUACGACAAAGACUUCUUCCGCCAGGGCCAGUCUCUGAUGAGUUUGACGCCGCAUCAGCAACGAGACGCACUCGCUGGUGUUCAUUCAUUGAAUGGUCCCCAGAUCCGGCCUUCCAUUCCCCGACUUGGCAGCUCCACGACUGAUAUUUCCAAUGACACGCCGCGGGAAGUUGCACGCAGUCCAUCAGAGCUAGCUCUUCCUCCUGCUCUGCGAAACAGCGCCAUUAUUCGCAAGAGCUGGGAUAAUGCCCUUGACAUUGUUGUUACCCUUAUCCUGCUCUUCAUUGGCACAUUUAUUUACUUCAACUCGCACCAUAUUCGGGACCUCGCCAAGCAGAAGCUGGAUAUCAAGAACAUUAUCAACUCAAACGACAAAUCUUCUCUCUCGACGCCAACGACCCCGAUCCUCGGCACGGCACCAGAUCUGGCUCACGCAUCCACCCCUCGAACUGUCCCCAAUGUCACCGUUGACGUUGAUUUGAUCGACUCUGGGGAUGCUACGCCGCGAACAUCUCGGGAUCUCAGCAUACCACCGAAUAAGACACCCCGUGUGAAGAUCAGCGAACCAGACCGUGAGACCGAAGAUGGUGAGCUUGAUGAGGGAAGCCAGGAUCCUGACAAGCCAGCAAAGAAGAAACGAUCUCGUGGUACACGUGGUGGUAAAAGUCACCGCCGCAAGAAAAAGCCUGGCACCGAGAGUGAGGUUGGAGAGCACUCCGACCAGGGAAUUGAACAGGUGAACCGGGCUGCGUCGCAGUCCCGACUUGAUGCUAGGAUGACUGGCAAUAUAUCAACUGAAGUUGUACAAAGUGAUGGGGUUGUUCGCAUUGGACGACUAGAAGUUUUUACAGACGUUGUGCUUGGGCACGGCAGCCAUGGAACUGUGGUCUACCGCGGUACAUUUGAUGGACGGAAUGUCGCCGUAAAGCGCAUGCUUAUGGAGUUUUACGAUAUCGCCUCACACGAGGUAGGCCUGCUACAGGAGAGCGAUGACCAUCAUAACGUGAUCCGUUAUUUCUGUCGUGAACAGGCAACUGGGUUCUUGUACAUUGGUCUGGAGCUGUGCCCGGCGUCUCUCCAAGAUGUCAUUGAGCGUCCUAAUCAGUACCCGGAGCUGGUUCAAGGCGGCCUGGACAUGCCGGAUGUUCUUCGUCAGAUCACGCAAGGAGUUCGAUACCUACACUCGCUCAAGAUUGUUCAUCGUGACUUGAAGCCUCAAAAUAUCCUGGUAGCCAUGCCCCGUGGACGGACAGCGUCCCGGGCCAUUCGCCUCCUUAUCUCAGAUUUCGGUCUGUGCAAGAAAUUGGAGGAUAACCAGAGUUCAUUCCGAGCCACUACUGCUCACGCUGCUGGAACCUCUGGCUGGCGUGCUCCAGAACUGCUUGUUGAUGACGAUACUGGUCCUUCUAGUCUUGCGUCCCAGUACACGGAGUCUUCUGAGCCCGCUGUUGUGGAUCCCCAGACCAAUCGCCGCGCCACCCGGGCUAUUGAUAUUUUCUCCCUGGGAUGCGUGUUUUAUUAUGUUUUGACACGGGGCAGCCAUCCGUUCGAUAAAAAUGGCAAGUUCAUGCGGGAGGCCAACAUAGUGAAAGGCCAAUUUGAUCUACAAGAAUUGGAUCGUUUGGGUGAUUAUGCCUUUGAGGCAGAUGACCUGAUUCGUUCCAUGCUUGCUCUUGAUCCACGCCAUCGCCCUGAUGCCAGUGCCGUUCUAAUGCACCCAUUUUUCUGGCCUCCCUCCGACCGACUCAGCUUCUUGUGUGACGUAUCGGAUCACUUCGAGUUUGAGCCACGCGACCCCCCAUCGGAUGCGCUGCUCUGCUUGGAGUCGGUGGCCCCGCAAGUUCUUGGACCCGAUAUGGAUUUCUUGCGCCUACUCCCUCGCGACUUCAAGGACAGCUUGGGUAAGCAGCGCAAGUACACUGGUUCCCGAAUGCUAGAUCUCCUGCGUGCCCUCCGAAAUAAGCGUAACCACUACAAUGACAUGCCGGAACAUCUGAAGACGCACAUUGGUGGACUACCAGAAGGUUAUCUGAAUUUCUGGACGGUGCGCUUCCCUAGUCUCCUGAUGAGCUGUCAUUGGGUCAUUGCCGAGUUGCAAUUGACGAAGAUCGAUCGGUUCCAGCGGUACUUUCAGCCGCCGGAGUAA